GAGGAUCAGAUUUUCUUUUGUUAAUGCUUCUUACUUUGCUGGAAGUCGUGUUUAGGACUGCAGUUGGAAGCUAUUUUUCCUCACUUUCAAGGAAGAAAUAAGAGAAAGUUACGUAACCUUAGUGUUUUAACCUAUGUAUCAGAGCUGUCUAAUGAUACCGGCACUCUGUUACUAAGCUGAAAAUAGGAGCACAUUUGUAUGUGAAUCAACAAGUGGUUGUCUCUGUGGGUAGAUUUUGCACCAUCAGAAUCCUUUAUUUUUUGUGUAUGCUAUCUUAUUAGUAACAUUCCCCCCUUGAUUAAAAGGGCAGGCAGUUUGAUUGAAUUGCAGCCGAAUGUUUCCUGUACUGUUUCAGGGUGGCUUCUUUUAAUCCUUCUUUUGAAAAGAAAAAAAAUAAGAGAUACACCUGCAAGGGGAUUGAGGUUCAGUUUCAGAGCCUUCUGUGUUCAGUUAGCAUUUUGAAAGCUAUUCAUGUGUGUGUAACUUGUUGCCAUUGGUUGAUUCAUCCAUGGGUAAUUCUUUGGAGUGUUUGAUUUUUUUAGCAUGCUUCCUGAUCAAUAGGUGUGCAUAUAGCAGUUGGCUCACCUUUACCCUGUUUAUUUGUAGAGCAAUAGAGUGACUGCAUGAUGGAGAUGCAGCAGCCUCCGGGUUAGGUUUGUAGCAUGUUGGCCGAACUCAAUUCGGGAAGAGCUAGACUUUUUUCACCUGUUUUCUAGACUGCUUUUUUGUUAGAUAACUUUGGUUUCUGAGGCUUAUAGACAGGUAUUGUGAUGCAUAACUGAGUCCGUUUGUUUAAGUAUAUGUGAUAAAUACUACUUAGUAUUGUUACUUGUGAGUUUUCAUUUGGCUGAAGUGUUUUGGGGUGGUUGUUUUUCCUUAAAUCUGUGCCUUCAAAUAGGGUUCCCUAUUAGUUCACUUUAACUUGAGUUGUUUGAAGCUGUAUUUCUUCAUUUGCUGUGUCUGCAUUAUGUUGUUGGCCUAUAAAAAGGCAGCUGCAUUAGUGUACUGCAGAAAGAAUUACUAUUAAAAAAAAAGGACGGAGAUACUUAUUGGUUCAGUCAUCUAUGUCUUAAACUUUAAUGUUACAAGGAGAGAAUAAUAGCUUUUCCUCAUUUCUGUACAUUGCUGGCAUGUGAAAUGCAUAUUUUUGUGUUUUCUGGUUAAAUUAGCAAGCGAACUUACUAUGCCUUCAGAGUGGGAGUAUGACAGCACCUUUUAUAUCAAAUAUAUGACUUGCUACAGUACAUUCUUAUUGCUUAUAGUUUUGGGAAUGACCUCAGACAAGCUUGAUAGCUUUCGGUCUUUGUAUUAAUAGACUUAAAUGUCUAGGGGAGGGUUUUGGGCCUUCUUGCAAGUUUGUAUUCUUGAGACUACUUAGCUUUAAAUCUCUUAGCGUCGUUUCUGGUAGAAUGGUAUGUGUUUUGACACAGUUUGGGCUUUGAUCUCUAAAUCAGAUUUCAGAGGCUUUGGAACUGAUGAAACCUGCAGUUUUGCUGAAAUGUAUGCUUUAAUAUGCCUUUGCAGCCUGGGGCAGGUUAAACAUGGUUCCCUAUAUGAAAGCACUAGGAGCAGCUUGGUUGUGAGUGUCUUUAACAGGGGGUCGGGAUUCUUUUUGUUGUUGUUUCAUCCUUUAUUUAGUAACUAAUUCUUCAUAAAGAAGUUUUGAGGUGAAUGUUAAAGGAGUAAAUCUGUUUCUGUAACGCGUAAAUAAGAUCUGAAGGUUAUUCAGAUGAAACAGAAAACUUCUUUAUUAGUUGUAAAAAAACCCCCUCUUACUGUCAGAAGAAGUUUCCUUAAUCUUCAGCUGAAGAACUGGGGAGAUAUUAACCUCUCCUUUACUACAUAUGAAAGGAUACUCGGAUUAAAUUUAAAGGCUUAAAGCAGUGAGGGCUUUUGAGCUGCCGCUCUGCUGCUGAACAGCAUGCAGUCCUUUCGGGAGCAAAGUAGUUAUCACGGAAACCAGCAGAGCUACCCGCAGGAAGUGCACAGUUCAUCCCGACUGGAAGAGUUCAGCCCUCGCCAGCAGGCCCAGAUGUUCCAGAGCUUUGGAGGAGGUGCUGGCAGUGGACGUCGUGGAGCAACAGGAGCCUCUACAGCAAUGCCUGGUGAGAGCUCUGGCCAUCAGAGCUACCAAGGUUUCAGAAAAGAAGCAGGAGAGUUUUACUAUAUGGCUGCCAACAAAGAUCCAGUGGUGUCAGGAGGGCAGCAGCCACCUCAGCGCAGGCCUUCUGGACCAGUACAGAGCUAUGGGCCCCCUCAAGGGGGUAGCUUUGGGAGUCAGUAUGGGAGUGAGGGACAUGUGGGCCAGUUUCAAACACAGCAUUCAACCCUUGGGGGUGUAUCACACUAUCAACAGGAUUAUACUGGUCCUUUUUCUCCAGGGAGUGCCCAGUAUCAGCAGCAGGCUUCUGGCCAGCAGCAGCAGGUGCAGCAGCUGAGACAGCAGAUCUAUCAAUCUCAUCAGCCUUUACCCCAGGCUUCCAGCCAGUCUGCUUCUAGCACCUCACACUUGCAGCCAAUGCAGCGUCCAUCCACCCUGCCUUCCUCUGCUUCUGGGUACCAAUUACGAGUGGGUCAGUUCAGCCAACACUAUCAGCCACCUUCAUCGUCAUCAUCCUCCUCUUUCCCCUCCCCGCAGCGUUUUGGCCAGUCAGGACAGAACUAUGAUGGAAGCUACAGUGUGAAUUCUGGGUCGCAGUAUGAAGGCCAUGCUGUGGGUUCCAAUGCACAGGCAUAUGGGACCCAGUCAAACUACAGCUUUCAGACUCAACCUAUGAAAAGCUUCGAGCAGUCUAAGCUGCCCCAAAGUGGGCAACAGGGGCAGCAGCAACAGCACCCACCUCAGCAUGUAAUGCAGUAUUCAAAUGCUGCCACCAAGCUCUCUCUUCAAAGUCAAGUGGGACAGUACAGCCAGACUGAAGUUCCUGUAAGGUCACCGAUGCAGUUCCACCAAAACUUCAGUCCAAUCUCUAAUCCAUCUCCUGCAGCAUCUGUGGUUCAGUCUCCAAGCUGCAGCUCUACCCCUUCUCCACUCAUGCCAGGUGGAGAAAAUCUCCAGUGUGGGCAAGGCAACAUGUCUAUGGGUUCUAGAAACCGAAUUCUGCAGAUGAUGCCUCAGCUUAGUCCUACGCCAUCUAUGAUGCCAAGCCCCAAUGCUCAUGCAGGGGGAUUCAAAGGGUUUGGGCUGGAAGGACUGCAGGAAAAAAGGCUCACAGAUCCAGGGCUGAGCAGCCUGAGUGCUCUUAGUUCUCAAGUGGCCAAUCUGCCCAAUACAGUCCAGCACAUGUUGCUUUCGGAUGCCUUGGCACCUCAGAAGAAAAAUUCCAAAAGGUCAUCCUCGUCUAAGAAGGCUGACAGCUGCACCAACUCAGAAGGCUCCUCUCAGGCAGAGGAGCAGCUCAAGUCUCCCCUGGCAGAGUCCCUUGAUGGUGGCUGUUCCAGUAGUUCAGAGGAUCAUGGGGAAAGGGUGAGACAGCUGAGUGGCCAAAGCACCAGCUCAGACAACACUUACAAAGGGGGUAACUUGGAGAGAUCCAACUCCUCACCAGCACAAGGCUCUCAGAAUGAGCCAUCAAAACUCAGCAGCAGCCCAGCAGCUAGGGAAGAGGUGGCCUCCCCUGAUGGGAAGGAAGCUGUAGUGGCCGUGGAAAAUGCCCCAAAAGUGAAUGAAAAGGCAGUUGGGGUGAUUGUUUCCCGGGAAGCCAUGACAGGAAGAGUAGAAAAGUCAGGCGGACAAGAUAAACCUGCACAAGAAGAUGCUUCCACAGCCACUCAGGCACCAGCUAGUGCUAGUGGAACGAAAGAAGCUGGGCAUACAGGGGCACAGGCAGAAACUCAAGGAGGAAGUAAAGGGAGCAAAAGUGGAGAUAACACUAACCACAAUGGAGAGGGGAACAGCCAGCCUGGUCAUGCAGUUGUUGGGCCAAAUUUUCCUGCAAGAACAGAACCUUCCAAAUCUCCUGGUAGUUUAAGAUACAGCUACAAGGAUAGUAUAGCAGCUGGCAUACAGAGAAAUAUUGGUGGCUUUCCACAGUAUCCUUCUGGUCAAGAAAAAGGGGAUUUUCCAGGGCACAGUGAGCGCAAAGGCCGGAAUGAGAAGUUUCCCAGCCUCCUACAGGAGGUCUUACAGGGGUACCACCAUCAUCCAGACAGAAGGUAUUCUAGGAAUGCACAAGAGCAUUCUGGGAUGGCUGGGAGUUUAGAGGGAGCCAUGAGGCCCAAUAUCUUAAUUAGUCAAACCAAUGAAUUGACCAAUAGAGGCCUCUUAAAUAAAAGUAUGGGGUCUCUCCUGGAAGGCCCUCACUGGGGUCCAUGGGAUAGGAAGUCUAGCAGCACAGCUUCUGACAUGAAGCAGAUAAAUCUAGCUGAUUACCCUAUUGCUAGAAAGUUUGAUGUGGAGUCUCAGUCUUCUGCCCAUGAAGGAGGAGCACUCUCAGAGAGGAGAUCAGUGAUCUGUGACAUAUCUCCAUUAAGGCAACUUGUCAGAGAUCCUGGCCCUCACCCAAUGGGGCACAUGGGUCCUGAGGCCAGAAGUGGAAGGAGUGAACGUCUUGCCCCUGGUUUAAGUCAGUCAGUAAUACUCCCUGGUGGUUUAGUAUCCAUGGAAACAAAGAUGAAAGCUCACAGUGGGCAAAUAAAAGAAGAAGAUUUUGAACAGUCAAAGAGCUCAGCUAGUCUCAAUAAUAAAAAAACAGGAGACCAUUGUCAUCCUGCUGGCAUCAAGCAUGAAUCUUUCCGAGGCAACGCUAGCCCCGGAGCUGCCGUCUCCGAUGCUGCUCCAGAUUACAUUCCCCAGCAGGACAGCAGAUCAACACAAAUGAGACGAGCACCUGGCAGAACUGGAAGCAGCAGGGGUAAAUCACCUUCUCAGUUUCAGGACCUUGCUGAUAAGCUGAAAAUGUCACCAGGCAGAAGCAGAGGCCCAGGGACAGAUCUGCAUCACAUGAACCCACACAUGACACUAUCUGAAAGAGUUAACAGAGGUUCCUUGCAUUCUGCUUACCCUCAGAAUUCAGAAGGCCCAUCUUUGGCUUCAGCAUAUCACACAAAUGCUAGGCCUCAUGCUUUUGGUGACCCUAACCAGAGUUUAAAUUCCCAGUAUCAUUACAAGAGACAGAUAUACCAGCAACAGCAGGAAGAAUACAAAGAUUGGGCAAGCAGCACUGCUCAGGGUGUGAUUGCUGCAGCUCAGCACAGGCAGGAAGGAGCAAGGAAGAGCCCAAGACAACAGCAGUUUCUGGAAAGAGUAAGGAGUCCCUUAAAAAAUGACAAGGAUGGAAUGAUGUACCUUCAAGGUAGCUCUUACCAUGAUACUGGAAGCCAGGAAGCUGGGCGCUGUGUUAUGGGGAGUGACAGUACUCAGAGCAAAUGCACUGAACUGAAACAUGGCAACCAGAAGUUGCAGCAUCACGAAUCUGGUUGGGACCUCUCUCGGCAAACUUCUCCUGCCAAAAGCAGUGGCCCUCUCGGAGCAGCCAACCAAAAAAGAUUUUGUCCUCAAGAAAGCGAUGGGCAUCGACGAGAGGAAUCUACAGAUCUGCCCAAGCCUAGUAACGCCAUGCUCAGGCUCCCUGGCCAGGAAGACCAGUCUCCUCAAAAUCCAUUAAUUAUGAGGAGAAGAGUCCGUUCUUUCAUCUCGCCCAUCCCUACCAAAAGACAGCCACAGGAUACGAAGAACAGUGGCAGUGAAGAUAAAGGGCGACUGAUGACUUCAGCAAAAGAAGGAACUGAUAAAACGUAUAACUCCUAUGCCCAUUCAUCUCAAAGCCAAGAUGUUGGCAAGUCAGUAGCAAAGGGUGAUUCCUUCAAGGACCUGCCAAGUCCUGAUAAUAGGAAUUGCCCUGCUGUUUCCCUCACAAGCCCGGCUAAGACCAAAAUACUGCCCCCAAGAAAGGGGCGAGGAUUAAAACUGGAAGCUAUUGUUCAAAAAAUUACAUCCCCCAAUAUUAGGAGAAGUGUUUCUACCAACAGUGCUGAAACUGGUGCAGAUACUGUCACUCUUGAUGACAUCCUGUCCCUUAAGAGUGGACCUGAAGGGGGAGGUGUGUCUGGACAUGGACCAGAGGCUGAGAAGAGAAAAGGAGAGAUAUCAUCAGAUCAAGUGGGGCCAGCAAGCCAGGAUACAACUGGUGAAAUAACCGUUCCAAGAUCUUCAGAAGAGUGGCAAAGCAGUGAGGAUGAUAAAACCAAGAAAGAGGUCCCUGAAACUGCCAGUAUUGGUAAAGAAGGAGCAGGAUCCAGUGCAGCACCACCACCUUCUCAGAAGUCAGGUGGUCAGGGAAGGUCUGAUGGAUCUGUAAGUGGAGGUGGAUCUCUGACUUUUUCAGACUCAAAAACAAUUUCCCCUUCGAGUGUGUUUACUUCUGAACCAAAUCCAAAGUCUGAGGAAAAAGAUGGAGAUGUGACAAACAUUUCACCCAAGCCAGAUGGUUUCCCUCCAAAGGGAUAUUUUCCCUCUGGAAAGAAAAAGGGGAGGCCAAUUGGGAGCGUGAACAAGCAGAAGAAGCAGCAGCAGCAGCAGCAACAACAGCAGCAACUGCCACCGCCCCCACCACCCCCACCAGUACCUUCACAGUCUUCAGAAGGGGUAGGUGGCGGUGAGCCAAAGCCGAAGAGGCAAAGGAGGGAGAGGCGAAAACCUGCAGCGCAGCCACGGAAACGGAAGCCUAGACGGGCUGCUCCAAUUGUGGAGCCUCAAGAACCAGAGAUCAAGCUUAAAUAUGCUACCCAGUCUGUAGAUAAAACUGACUCCAAGAACAAGUCCUUUUUCCCUUAUAUUCAUGUGGUAAACAAGUGUGAAUUAGGCGCUGUGUGCACAAUCAUUAAUGCAGAGGAAGAGGAGCAGAACAAAUUGGUGAGGGGUCGGAAAGGACAGAGGUCUUCAACACCCCCUCCUAGCAACGCAGAGAGCAAAGUGCUGCCCACCUCAACUUUCAUGCUGCAGGGCCCUGUAGUAACAGAGUCUUCUGUCUUAGGGCAUCUGGUUUGCUGCCUGUGUGGCAAAUGGGCCAGCUAUCGCAACAUGGGUGACCUCUUUGGUCCUUUCUACCCCCAGGAUUACGCAGCCACCUUGCCCAAGAACCCACCUCCAAAGAGGGCCACGGAAAUGCAGAGCAAGGUCAAGGUACGGCACAAAAGUGCUUCUAAUGGUUCCAAGACAGAUACGGAAGAGGAGGAGGAACAGCAACAACAGAAGGAACAAAGAAGCCUAGCUGCUCAUCCCCGCUUUAAGAGGCGGCACCGCUCUGAGGACUGUAGCGGAGCCUCUCGGUCACUUUCAAGGGGAGCUUCUUGUAAAAAAGCAACCACUGAUGGUGGCAGUGGUGGUGAAAAGACUCCUUUGGACACAAAACCCUCUAUGCCCACUUCAGAAGGUGGCACUGAGCUGGAGUUACAAAUUCCUGAACUACCUCUUGACAGCAAUGAAUUUUGGGUCCAUGAGGGUUGUAUUCUCUGGGCCAAUGGGAUCUACCUGGUCUGUGGCAGGCUCUAUGGGCUGCAGGAAGCUGUGGAGAUUGCAAGAGAGAUGAAAUGUUCCCAUUGCCAGGAACCGGGAGCCACCUUAGGCUGCUACAACAAAGGCUGCUCCUUCCGAUACCAUUACCCAUGUGCCAUCGAUGCAGAUUGUUUACUAAACGAAGAGAAUUUCUCAGUGAGGUGCCCCAAGCACAAGCCCCUCCUUCCUUGCUCUCUUCCCUCCUUGCAGAACAAGAUGGUGAAAGGCAGCCUCAGCACAGAGCAGUCGGAGCGGGGGUGAGGGGGGAAGUGUACUCCUGGGAAUGGAAAUAAAAGCAAGCACA